CCAUAUAUACACCACAAUACCUCUUCCAUUUCUACCUCUAUCUAAAUCGCCUUUUCUUUCCGUCUCACUGCUAAAAUUUCCUUCGUCGCCUCCGGCGUUGAAAGAUCACAAAUAAGCCGGUGUCGUUCAAAUGGCAACGAGAAUGGAUCUAGGCGGGAGGCCAAUAAAGCCGAUAACGAUAUGCAUGAUUGGAGCCGGAGGCUUCAUUGGCUCUCACCUUUGCGAGAAACUGAUGGCAGAGACGCCGCACAAGGUGCUUGCCUUGGACGUUUAUAAUGACAAGAUUAAGCACCUCCUCGAGCCUGACUCUCUCCCUUGGGCUGACCGUAUCCAGUUCCACCGACUUAACAUCAAGCAUGAUUCUAGGCUCGAAGCUCUCAUCAAGAUGGCAGAUCUCACGAUAAAUCUUGCGGCGAUCUGUACUCCGGCGGAUUAUAACACGCGCCCUCUCGACACCAUUUACAGCAAUUUUAUUGAUGCACUUCCUGUGGUUAAGUACUGUUCAGAGAACAACAAGCGUCUCAUUCACUUCUCUACUUGUGAAGUGUAUGGCAAAACCAUUGGAAGCUUUCUUCCUAAAGAUUCUCCACUCCGUCAGGAUCCUGCCUACUAUGUUCUCAAGGAAGAUGUCUCACCCUGCAUUUUUGGUUCAAUCGAGAAGCAGAGGUGGUCAUAUGCAUGUGCUAAGCAAUUGAUUGAGAGGCUCAUUUAUGCGGAGGGGGCAGAGAAUGGCCUUGCAUUCACUAUUGUGAGACCUUUUAACUGGAUUGGUCCUAGGAUGGAUUUCAUCCCUGGCAUUGAUGGUCCAAGUGAGGGAGUUCCAAGAGUUCUAGCGUGCUUUAGUAAUAAUCUCCUACGCCAUGAGCCACUUAAGCUUGUGGAUGGUGGCCAAUCUCAAAGAACUUUUGUUUACAUAAAGGAUGCUAUUGAAGCAGUUCUCUUGAUGAUUGAAAACCCAGACAGGGCCAAUGGUCAAAUUUUCAAUGUGGGAAACCCAAACAAUGAAGUCACUGUUAAGCAACUUGCUGAGAUGAUGACUGAGGUUUAUACCAAGGUUAGUGGAGAACCUGCUCUGGAGGUGCCAACAAUUGACGUCAGCUCCAAGGAAUUUUAUGGUGAGGGAUAUGAUGAUAGUGACAAGAGAAUUCCAGACAUGACCAUAAUAAACAGACAACUUGGUUGGAACCCUAAGACAUCCCUUUGGGACUUGCUUGAAUCGACCCUUACCUACCAACACAGGACUUAUGCCGAGGCUGUUAAGAAAUCCAUGGUAAAACCGAUUGCAUCAUAAGGAGACAAGAUGUUUAGACCACGCCUAAGAACGGUCUCACUUGUUCACAAAUGUUUCAAUUCUCUCUUUUAGGUAGUCUUAGUUACAUCUUAAUUGUUGACUUUCCUUCUACACCAAAAUUUUUUUUGUCAUCCUUGUGUCAGUAGUUGAUAGCUCACUGUAGCUCAGACGGCUGUGUUCUUGGUAUGGUAUUGUGUGGAGACAUUAGAUUCGUCUUAUUAUAUAUAUUCCAGUAGAGCUUUGAGCUACAGAUGUUGGAUGUAUUAUACGAAGAAGGGAAAGCUUUUAUUGUUUCUUUGGGGUGCUUGCUCGGCAUUCCUCCCUUUUGUCUCUCUUGGGUCGCCUUGUACUAAUUUGUUUGACCCUCUUGUGCUUAUGUUUCACAAAUUAUUAUUUUAUUUUUUCAUGCAAGUUAUAAAGUUCAGCACUACGUAAGAGCUGUUUGUAUACAUUUUCCCCCUUAAGGCUGGAUUAUAAGAUUAAUUGAGCAAGUGAUUAAAGUUGAGAACUUAAAGCAA